UUCACAGGACCCGCGUCGAAUAAGUUCUACAUCGCAGCGCUUAUCGUUGAGAUUGUCUUCUUCGGCGCAAACAUCGUCACCUUCAGCUAUGGCACGUACAUCAUGGUCUGGCUCACCCACCCCCAGAAGAGGCGGACGACGGGGAACGUGAUUCUGCUCGUCUCGAACACGUUGAUGUUCCUCCUAUCCUCCGUGCACGUCAUCCUCGAUGUCUUCGUCGCUCACGAGGGCUGGGGUAAUGUGCCGAUCUCUAUUGAUCAAGCGAAGUUCAUGCUCUACGUAUCACAGACGAUACUCGGAGACGGGUUCAUGGUCUACCGUCUGUUCCGAGUCUUCAAUCGCAGCUGGACAGCAAUCAUGGUUCCCUCGAUGCUCAUUGCUGCAGAUGCAGUGAUCGGAUAUUCAUCCACCUUCCUGGGCGUGACGGGCUACUACAUCCGCGAGUUCCGGCACGUCUCACCCCGGAAGGAGACCCGCAAGAUUUGGCGGGUGAUCGAGGCCACGGUACAGUCGACCGCGAUCUACGCCGCCGCGGGCGUGUCGCUCGUGAUCACGUUCGCGAACUCGGCCGCGAUCGGCUACCCGACGUGCUUGAACCUCUUCCCUGCGCUCAUCGGCCUCGUCUUCUCCUUCACCGCCAUCCGCGUCGCGCACGGCAGCACCGGCGACCCCCGCCCGGACUCGCACGCGCACAGCGCCUCCUCCGCCUCCGGCCGCGCGACCUUUGGCUCC